CCUAUCUGUGAGCAGACGCGAAGCUUGAUCCUGCUUUUAAGAAACCUGAAAUUUGAUCACGUUCUCCCAAAGGAGGAGAUCCUCAGGAAGCACCAAAUCCUCCUCCCCGCUCCUCACAAACCGCAGGCUGCGAAAAGCCUCCUCAAGCAACGCUGCGGACGAGCUCCGGUUGCACAGCCCCAAAGGUCGCUCGGUGCCAGACUCGCCCCGCUGUCCCUCCAGCUGCAGCGGAAAGUCUCUGCUCGGCCAUCCCCGUGCUCGGCAGUGUGGUGAGUACCCCGGGGAACCAAGGUGGGUGGUGAUGCUCCAGCUGCCCCGUCAGUGCGGAUGGGGAGCACAGCAGGUGGUCCACGGGUGCUCACCGGUUGCCUCCUGGGCGUGCUGGUGCUGAGCACGUUGGUGGGCAAUGCACUGGUGUGCCUGGCCGUGCUGCGCUUCCGACAUCUGCGCGCCAAGGUCACCAAUUGGUUCGUGCUCUCGCUGGCCAUCUCGGACCUCUGCGUGGCCAUCCUGGUGAUGCCCUGGAAGGCGGUCACUGAGGUGGCCGGUGGCUCCUGGCUCUUCGGAAGCCGCUUCUGUGACACCUGGGUGGCCUUUGACAUCAUGUGCUCCACCGCCUCCAUCCUCCACCUCUGUAUCAUCAGUGUGGACCGGUACUGGGCCAUCGCCAGCCCCUUUCGAUAUGAGCGCAGGAUGACUCAGCGCCUUGCUUGUGCCAUGAUAGCCACGGCCUGGGUCCUCUCCAUCCUCAUCUCCUUCAUCCCGGUGCAACUACACUGGCAUAAAGCCAAAGAUGUGAGAUAUCCAGGUUCCUGGCUGGCUGGAUUGACCCGCUGUGAUGUCAGCCUGAACCGCACUUAUGCCAUCACCUCCUCCCUCAUCAGCUUCUACAUCCCUGUGGCCAUCAUGAUCAUCACCUAUACUAGGAUCUACCGAAUUGCCCAGGCCCAGAUCCGCCGUAUCUCCACCCUCGAGCGAGCAGGAGGACAGUGGCCAGCUCAGAGCAAAGAGCCCACCUCCUCUUUGCGGAGUUCCCUACGCAAGGAGACCAAGGUGCUGCAGACCCUCUCUAUUAUAAUGGGAGUCUUCGUUUGCUGCUGGCUGCCCUUCUUCCUGCUCAACUGCCUGCUGCCCUUCUGUCAGCCCAGGCCGGAGAAUAACCAUGAAGUACAGUCACCCUGUGUUAGCCAAACCACCUUCAACAUCUUCGUGUGGUUUGGCUGGGCCAACUCCUCAGUGAACCCAGUAAUCUAUGCUUUCAAUGCAGACUUCAGGAGGGCUUUCAGCAAUCUGCUGGGCUGUCGGUGCUUCUGCUGUGGUACACCCAGAUCCACUGUGGAGAGGGUCAACUUCAGCAAUGAGCUUGUUUCCUACCACCAUGACACCAUCUGCCAGAAGGAAGGAGCUGCCUCAUCAUCAGUACCCCCUCCUGCUGCCACUGCUGCCUGGGUGCAGCCCAUACCCCAUGCCAUAGGCCUUCAGGGAGAGGACAGCAGUGAGGAGAUGUCUAUACAGAAGAGGCCUGUGUUUUCUCAGACACACGCUGCCCCUGGCAGCAGCCCCAAGAGCCCUCAGGCACCAGCUCUUUUGCAAUUUGAUUGUGAGGCAGGGUUAUCCCUGGAAACUAUUGCCCCUUGUACAGGGCUUGAUCAGCAUGAGAGCUCCCAUCGUCCUGUUCCAGAGGUGUAAGUGAUUGUGCAUUCCUCAAACGUACAGCAAUCCCAUGGGCCGAGUUCACUCCACCUGCACACAAUACACCCAUCCUUCAUCAAAUAAAAUCCCAUCCCAGAGAGGUGGGGACCUGCUGCUCUUAACUGUAAGAAAAAACAAGGUGAGACUGUGGAACAAAUUCCUAAGAAUAAGGAUAAUUAAGCACUGAAGUAGAUUGUCUAGGGAGGUUAUGACAUCUCCCUCAGUAAAAGUCUUCAAGAUAAUAUUGCUGAACAUCCGUCAAAUGACAGUGGCAUUAUCAAUCCUGCCUUGGGGCACAGGCAUAGUGCAAUGGUCUCUUGAGAACUUUGAGUCCUACCUCACUACGACAACACAACUCCUUAAACAUGAGCUUAAGAUGUUUGAUUCUUUUUCUUCUGUGCAACAAUCGUUCACUAUUUUUCUGAAGGCACAAAGAAGCACACAGAUAAGAACUUUGAGACCCCAUUGGUAUAUUUCCCUUCUCUUAAUUAUUAUUGAUUUUUCUUAGCAUUUAACAGCUAUGAUUCACCAUGCCAAGUGCCUCAUCGUGACAGCGACCCUGAAAUAAAUCCAGUAUUUCCUUAAAAGAGAUACAAGAUCUGUGGGUUUUGUUUUGAUUUCUUUCAAUUAUUUUCUAGGUGAACAUAUGUGAAUUGUACAUGGAUUCAGAUGCUGAAAGGUCAAUCGGUUUGUGAGAGGAAUUUUCUUACUAUAUUUCUUCUUUCUUACAUAAAUGAGAAAGAUGUAUGUAAGAGUGUCUACAUCUUAUCUCCUCUAAAACCCAUGAAGUUAUAUCCUAGAGCCAUAAGAGCUCAUCUCAUCCUCUCCACACUAAAACCCAUCCUGGGGAUAUACUGACCCACCCCAUAAGACACUACCCUGAAGUGAGAGUCCCUCACUGCCUGCUACACUUCUGUUUUUGUUGCAAGAGCUUCAGCUGGCUCCAUCCUCCAGAGAAUUAACUCCCUGCCCACACACAUCUUCCUUCUCGUGGGCUGGCAGUCUUCUGGUAGUCGAGGUUACAUGUGAAAUUAUUAUAG